CGAUUUAAAAAAUGUGUAAAUAAAAAAUCGCAAUUAUAUAAAAAAACAACAAUCAACAAAACUGCAACGCAAUCCUCCUACACAUGUACAAAUGAAAAUCGAAAAAAAAAAUUCCAACGAACCGUACAAUUCUUACCACUGUACUCUAUUUGAUUCGAAUUGCACUUGACUUGUACAAUCUAAACUUCAUAAAAAUUUUACGAUGAAAUGGUAGGACUUAUCGAAGCCGCCGAGAAGAAAGCACCGGAAGAACUAACAGAGGAGGAUAAAAUGGCAUUAUUGGGUCGUCCCAAAUUGGGUGAAGUGGUGCGCGCUGACUUGCGCAUCAAGGAGAGCAAAGAAUUUAAGAACACUGUGGAUAAGUUGGUGCAGAGGGCGAAUGCGUCACUCCUCAUUGGUACUUCGUCCUGGAAGGAACAGUUUGCGGAUGCGUUGACAGUAACUGCUGGCGAUGAUGAUAGCAAUGGCGACGGUGGUGAAGAUGAUGAACCGUCAUCGCCAUCAUGUUUUGAUUACAUAUUGCAUUUCGUAACACUUUUCUGGAAACUUAUAUUCGCAUUCAUACCGCCAACAGAUAUUGCCAACGGUUACGUGUGCUUUGUUGUUUCGAUAUGUGGCAUCGGUAUGGUGACAGCACUAAUUGGUGAUGUGGCAUCCCAUUUCGGUUGUACGCUCGGCGUUAAGGAUGCGGUUACAGCGAUUUGUUUUGUAGCGCUCGGCACCAGUUUGCCUGAUACGUUCGCCAGCAAAGUGGCCGCCAUACAGGAUAAGACCGCCGAUGCGAGUAUCGGCAAUGUGACGGGUAGUAAUGCUGUGAAUGUCUUCCUUGGUAUUGGCGUGGCGUGGACCAUGGCUGCCAUAUACCAUGAAUCUCAUGGACGCGCCUUCAGGGUGGAGGCGGGCACAUUGGCUUUUUCGGUGACACUUUUCCUAUCGGGAGCCGUAAUUGCCGUUUGUUUGAUAAUGUAUCGGCGAAAGAAAUCAAUAGGUGGUGAAUUAGGAGGUCCUUCACCACAAAAAUACAUACAUAGCGCCAUCUUCUUCAGUCUGUGGUUGGUAUACUUAAUAAUGAGCACCUUGGAAGCAUACGGAGUCAUCCAAGGAUUCUAAGGGGCACAAACAGCAGUCAAACAGCAUAGAUGACUACAUACUAUUGCAUACUUACUUUCUUUUUAAGAGCAAAACACACAUACAUAUACAACAUUGUUAAAGGCAUGCAAAACAUAAACGCCUACACAUAAAGCUACAUAUAAUUAAGCUGCAUAAAUAGAAAACUUGCUCGAGUUAUUAAGCAAAAAUGGCAAAAAGUUUGCGAACAGCGAAAAGGUGCAAAAAAUGUUUUAAAAUAUGUGAAAGAAAAACCUGUAUAAAACGAAAAGUUUGGCCAAAACAAAUAAUAAUAAUAACAACAAAACUAAUGGAAAACUUUACACGCAUUCAAAUAGAUUAGAGUACUUAUACAAACUGCGUAACUAUGCUGAAAGUUGAUAUCUCAGCUAAUUAAGUUUACUGUAACUGCCCGAACUCGAGUAUAUAUUUAAAUUUUCAUUUUUUAUUAUGUUUUAAAGUUUCUAAAAAAUAAAGGAAGAAACAAAAAAUGUGCCACAACGCACACUGGCCGGAAUCUCUUUUUGUUUUUUUUUUUUGGUUUGCAUAUUCUAAUACAAAUUUGGCUUUUUGAAAAUCGAUAUAUAAUAUAUGUAUAUUAUUUAUGCGAAUUGGA